GGGAACAGAAAGGGGCGUGUCCAUCUUUGUUGUGAUUGACGUCAACUUCCUGCUUUGAGAUGUGAAAGCGGUCAACUGCAGCUUGUGACUAGGAAGAGAGGAUAAACAGAGUUAGACGACUAAGCAGUCUACUGGGUGUCCUGCAAAUGAUAAAGUGAAAAGCAGAAGUGAGAGUUGUACAACACUUUCCACCCCUGAUUAAACAUGGUGCACGUAUAUAACUGCCAUCCUUACGCCUCACAGCAGAUAGUACAGGUGGAACAGGAGCCUGGGUUGGUCUGCUGCGGAGGCGGUGCCCUGUUUGUGGUCACAACUGGAGGAUGCAAGGUGGAAGCCUACAAUCUGGUGCAGGAAGGAUGCCCUCUUAUUUGUCGCUUUGCCACCAUGGGAACUGUGAGGAGUAUCCAGCACAGCAACAUAGGAGAUUAUUUGGUCACCAUUGAGGAAAAGAGCAGCGCCACCUACCUGAGAGCCUACACCAACUGGCGUUACCAGGCCGAGGAAAAGGCUCGCGUUGGGGUGCGCUUGUUAGGCCACCUGCUACGUGGGGCAUCUCAGAGGGGCGGAGUACAAAUGGAGAUUAUUGAGAUUCCAUUAUCGGAGCGUCCUAUCUCUGUUGCAUGCUGCUCAGUCACAGGUGACCUCCUGGUUGGCUGUGACAACACUCUGGUUCUGUUUACUUUGAGAAGACAGAACCAGCAGAACCUGCAGACCAUGCAGCACCAUUCACACACGCAGCUGAAUUCCAGUCAGAUUCCAGAUCAAACCACAAACCAACACUGCUCGUUUUUGGACUUUGAACGCUCUGUCAUCCUGCAUCUUCCAGGAACUAAACCUAAACAGGUAGCACUUUGUGCAGGAUAUGUAGCUGUGCAAGCUGACCUGGAGGUGCUGGUCUUGAAACUGGAUACAAAUCCCGAGGCCCAACUCCUGGAGGAGGAUUCACCAAAAAAUGACCAAGCUGAGGACCAGGCUGACUUUCUUCUUCUUCCGAGACACCAGGAGUUGCUCGGUGAGCGAGCUAAAGAUUGUGAUGUCCCUGUCAGCAUUGAGAAAACCGGGCUGGAGGACAGAGGGCAAAACUCCUUCUCAUAUGUUCUCUUUAGGCGUUUCACACCAGAUUACUUUCAGGGUUGCAGUGUGGAGGAGACACACCUUCACUCCCUCAAACUUCACCCACUGUUCACAACUGGUCAGUCUUCAGUCGAAGAACCAACUUGUGUGUUCUGCUUCUUCUCCCUUCCCACUGCGGGUUACCUGUACAGCCUGAAAGGUGGAGUUGAGCUUCUCUCAGCCUAUCAGUAUCCAGAAAAGGUUUUGGAGGCAGUGCUAACAGACCAUCUGUUACACGUCAUCACCAAGAAUGCACUGCAGUGCUUUACAGUGCGUUGUGCAGCAGCAGCCGCCAGGUUUGAGGACCCCUACAUCGAUACCACCAUGAGGGCCUGUCCACCCUGCAGCCUCGAAGUUUGCGCCCUCAGGAUGCAGCUGUUUAUUGGCCUGCGUUCAGUAUGUGCUUACGGUCGUCAAGUUAUCUUGCUCUCAACUGCUGACAUGGAAACACCAGAGGAGACUGAACGCAGCACACAGCGUAGAGGCCUCAUGUUGAAAGAACACACCAUGCUGACUGGUAUUUUCAUGGCGGUGGGAAUUGAUCCCACCACCACGCCAGGUCUGGAGAGCCUACUAUCACAUCCUUUGCUGAGCAAGAAGUGGAUGAUGUCUGCUCCUAAAGAGACCACCCCUGUAGGUCAUGGAUGGAACAUUUAUGUGGUUGAUACGGUCUCUCCGCUCACACUCUACCAAGAGAUGGUUGACUACAGCCAGCAUUAUGCACAGACCAACCUGCAGGCCCAAAGUCUUUGGCACCUCCUCAGUGAAGCUCACCUCCUCCUCCGUGCCUCCUUGCUUCAGUCUUCGCAACAGCAGUGCAACACCAGCGAAGGAGACCCUUCAGAGAGCCAUGCAGAGACACAGGUCGUUGUUCAGACUGAUAGACAAGAACUAGAAGAGGCACUUAGGGAGAACUGUGCACAGUUGGGAGACUGCUUCAGCAGGGGCAGCCACAGGCACUGUCAUCUGGCUUUGCCUUACUACAGAAUGUCUGGUCUGUCAGUCAGAGAGGUCUUGGCCAGGAACCGCCCUCAGCCCAACAGCCCACAUUCCUACGGCCCGGGCUUCUUGUUUUACCUGAAGCAUUACCUCUUAGAAGAGACAGAACAGCAUCUCAGACAGGAAACGGCGGAUGAGCUCAUUGACAUUUUUUGCCAGUCAGAACCUUCACAGCUCAUCAGCGUGUGUGCCAGCCCGACCAUGAUAAAUGUCAAUCCGACUCGGACGCUUCAAAUCUUGCAACAUGUAGAGGACACCGCCGGCGUGUCUGUUGCACUGACAAUCACCAUGGCCACCAUGCUGCUGCGCUUGGGUGAUCUGCCACAGUACACACAGCUGAUGGAGAGACAUGCUGAGAUGGUGUUGGUAUAUGGCUUCAUUGAGGAGCCAAGGCUUUUGCUGCACGGAGGAGACACCAACAUUUGCCCCACCGCCUUGACUCAGCAGAUGGUCAAGUCCCAGCCUGGCGUGCUCGUGGCUGCCAUGGUGGCUCUGCAUGAGAACAACAAAGUCUACCUUGAACAGGUGGACUAUAUGUUUAAGGUGCUGGGUUGUGAACACAGUUUACAGGUGGAUUUCUGGGAAGCGAUGCUAAUGGCCUCAUCACAGGAAACCGUCAUUCAAGAGCUUCUCUUCCGACUGUCUUCCGUCUACAUAGACCGUCUGAUGCACACAAAUUCAGACACACUUCUGCACAAACCUCCAGCACGCAGGUCAAUGAAGAGCGCUGAUGACCUGAUAAAUUCCUGCUCUCAUUAUGGUGCUUUGUAUCCAUGGCUCACUGUUCUCAGUCCACCUCACACUACCAGCCCCCCCCACCAGGAGGCGUUACACAAAAUGCAGUCCCUCCUGUGUGGUCCAUCUCUGUCUGUGGGCUCAGUCACGCCUUUGUUGGAAAGCCUGUCGGAAAAAACACUAUGGGGCUUCAGUCUGCACCUUCUCUGUGCCACCAGAAGGGGGCAGUACGAUCGCAGCAUCGAAAGGCUUCUGGACAGAUGCCCCCAGGCUAUUAUUGCUUAUGCCAAUCACCACUUACAGGAUACAUACAUGGCACUUUGGUGGCAGAAGUUGCUCCCAGAACUCUGCAGUCGUACAAGAGCUGCGGCAGACAACAGCAUCCUGUUGGCAGCUCUCAAAGAAACACUAGUUGUGGUUGCCACAGAGACAAGUCCUGCAGAGUUCCUGGAGUUGGUACCUGAUGACGGGACAGCCUCGUACUUUUUACCUCACUUGUUAACAUGCAGCCAGAGACACCUACUGGCCUAACAAACACACACACACUCACAUGUGUCUCUAGCUCAGGGGUCAGCAACCUUCAUCAUCAAAAGAGCCAUUUUGCCUCUUCUGUUCAAGAACAAAAUUCAACCAACAAGAGUCUGCCCUGCAUGCGUAGGCCUACUCUGAAAUAAUUGAAACACUGUCUUAUUGAGUGGUUCCCAUAUAUGUGCGAAAUGUAGCCAUCUCAUGUACAGUGUUGCCAACUUGGCCAUUUACUUGCUAAAUCUGGAAAUUUUCUCAACACUUUUGGUGACGUAUUUUCUCCAAAAGUGACUAAUAACAAAUGUAAAGACUUGUUCUGACGUCGUCGGGAGAUUUUUCUGGUAUUUAGAUUUACAUAAAUAUGAAAGCACAUAUUGUUCUGCGGAGUAUGCGCACAGUGAGUACCUGAAGUAACGCCAUCUGCCUCUCCCAGACAAUUAGCAUGUCACAGGCUCCAAGCAUAUAGCUUCUCAUCAUAAAACAUAAUGCUAUGCUGUCCUUAAUUUUCAGUCUUAUAGACCCAGUCCCGUGUAUCAUCUCGUCUCACGAACCAAGUGUCUCGUGACACCCCUAAUAUGUAUAUGUAUUAUGUGUAUAAUUGUGUGAGUCUACUGUUCAUCUAUUAGUCAGCUAAUAAGAAGGUAUGAACAGGAUAUACAGGAAAUACAAGCGGCCUUAAGUAUAACUUAAUAGUAUAGCUGUGAACCAAAACAAAGACAGCAGUACACCAUAUUACAAAGUAAAUUUGUCUUUUUUGUUGAUUUAUUUUAUUUUUUUUAAUUGUAUACAUCUGAAUUGUGUUCUUGUGCAUUAUGAUAUGAAGCACCUAUAUCACAAGACAAUUGAUUUUGUAUCAUCAGUAUUAAAUAUUUAUACAUACGCGA